CUGAACUAUAACUCGCUCCCUAGCUGCUACACUAUGGCGAGCUAACGUAGUCCAGUUCGUUAUAUCUAUUCCAGAUAGGAGGUCAUAGAAGGAAAUCAUGCCCCUCUUCCGGUUCUGAUCGAUGUAAUAUUCUCUCAAGUACCAAUAGUCUCACACGAUACGGCGGGCAGUCUUAACCUUCAACCUUAUCUGGCCUGAUCCUCAAUUCCGGAGAAUCGAAUCUGCCUUUGCUAUGGCGAGUGCAACUAAUGAGCCGGCGCCUACGUCAGAAUCCGCCACCCUUGGCCCGGACCAUAGUGCCACCUAUCUAGCACCAUUUAGCAUCGUUAUAGCCAUCGUUAUUAUCAGCACAGUGGCCCGUAUUUAUUGCCGCAUUUAUCCCCGAUGGCGUCUCGCUUGGGAUGACUAUACGUUGAUUUUUGCUUUUGCUCUCACAACUACUUGGUUCUCUUUGAUGGUCUUGGAGUAUAGCAAGUACGGUCGGGCUAUUGAGAAAUACACCCAAGACUCCUCUAUUGUUGGGCCGAUCGAAGCCGCGAUGGGCCUCAUAUUUUUCUGGGCGCUAAACGUCAUACGCAUCUCCAUGUGCUUGAUGCUGCUCCGCCUCAAGGACGAGAGAGCGUGGAGGUGGGCCUUACGAAGCCUUAUCGUCCUCCAAGUGUGUCUCAUCAUCGUCGCCACGUGUGUACAGAUGGCUCUCUGUCGGCCUCUAUCUGGCUUGUGGGCUCCGACUCCCGAUACCCGGUGUAUCCCGGUGGACGGUUUUAGACGCUAUUGGAUUACGCAUUACUCCUUUCAUAUCUUCUGUGAUUUCGCCAUCUCCCUUAUGCCCCUUACGUUUAUUUACGCGAUGCAUCGGUCUCCGCUCGAAAAGAUACUGCUUUGCGGUUUAAUGGGUGCCGGUCUAGCAGCGACAGCAGCAGCCCUUGUAUUUCUCAUUAUCCUCGUCAAAUGCUUUGGAGUCUGUAGGGAUGCCUUGUUUAACAUUCGCCUAGACACCUGUACCUCCCUACAGCUGUUCUUGGGCGUCAUCGCUGCUAAUCUGCCUUGCCUCAAGGCGCCGGUUCAUCAUAUUCUGAUCCAAUGGGGCAUUGUUCGGCCGGCGAAGCACCCCUCUGCCGGUGGCUCUCCCGAAAGCUUCCUGAGCAAGAUGACCCACGGGAGCCACGUUGUGGAACAGUUGCACGACCUCUCGCGGGAAAGUUGCACGACUUCUCGUGUCGAGCUAAGAGACAACAAGAAGGCACCCCACGCCGUCACUAAGCCCAGUCUCGACUAGAGCCGCCUCCUGGGAUAGGGGAAGAAUCAGGACUAGUAUUAAUAUUGGAGUAGGCUUCUGUUAAGAGGCGGGAAAGGGUAGUUAUAGAUAGACUAGCAUAUUAGAGGGGGAAUUUAGACUCUAUAGAUGCAAUCAGGCCG